AUGUGCGACCACUGCGCAAAAGUCACCAGUCAAAAAGGAUAUGCAGGCCAAGUAACGUGCAAGUGCGAGCAUGGCGAGAAGAAGGAGGAGGCCAAGAAGGAAGAAUUCAGUGGCUGUUGCAGCAAAAAAGCAAAGGAAGCUGUCGGUGGUUGCUGUAUGUCAGGCUGUUGUAAAGAGAAAAACACUAAAUCCAAGGAAACUCGAAAAGAAGGCGCUAAUUGUUGCGGUAAAAAUAAAUCAUGAAGAUCAUACGACUCUUAAACCAUAUACGAUAAUUCUGUAAUCCUGAUUUCGAAAUAAAUAUAAGAGAUGCUUCGGUAAA